AUGCCUGCCCCCGGCGCCCUCAUCCUCCUCGCGGCCGUCUCCGCCUCCGGCUGCCUGGCGUCCCCGGCCCACCCCGAUGGAUUCGCCCCGGGCCGGGCCCCUCUGGCUCCUCCCUACGCCGUGGUCCUCAUUUCCUGCUCGGGCCUGCUGGCCUUCAUCUUCCUCCUCCUCACCUGUCUGUGCUGCAAACGGGGUGAUGUUGGCUUCAAGGAGUUUGAGAACCCUGAAGGGGAGGAUUGCUCCGGGGAGUACACUCCGCCAGCGGAGGAGACCUCCUCCUCACAGUCGCUGCCUGAUGUCUACAUUCUCCCGCUGGCCGAGGUCUCCCUGCCGAUGCCUGCCCCGCAGCCUUCACACUCAGACAUGACCACCCCCCUGGGCCUUAGCCGCCAGCACCUCAGCUACCUACAAGAGAUUGGAAGUGGCUGGUUUGGGAAGGUGAUCCUGGGAGAGAUUUUCUCCGACUACACCCCAGCCCAGGUGGUGGUGAAGGAGCUCCGAGCCAGCGCGGGGCCCCUCGAGCAGCGCAAGUUCAUCUCGGAAGCACAGCCGUACAGGAGCCUGCAGCACCCCAAUGUCCUCCAGUGCCUGGGAGUCUGUGUGGAGACACUGCCCUUUCUGCUCAUCAUGGAGUUCUGUCAACUGGGGGACCUGAAGCGUUACCUCCGGGCCCAGCGGCCCCCCGAGGGCCUGUCCCCUGAGCUGCCCCCUCGAGACCUGCGGACACUGCAGAGGAUGGGCCUGGAGAUCGCCCGCGGGCUGGCGCACCUCCACUCCCACAACUACGUGCACAGUGACCUGGCCCUGCGCAACUGCCUGCUGACCUCCGACCUCACCGUGCGCAUCGGAGACUACGGGCUGGCCCACAGCAACUACAAGGAGGACUACUACCUGACCCCCGAGCGCCUGUGGAUCCCGCUGCGCUGGGCGGCGCCCGAGCUCCUCGGGGAGGUGCACGGGAGCUUCCUCGUGGUGGACCAGAGCCGCGAGAGCAACAUCUGGUCCCUGGGGGUGACCCUGUGGGAGCUCUUUGAGUUCGGGGCGCAGCCCUACCGCCACCUGUCAGACGAGGAGGUCCUCGCCUUUGUCGUCCGCCAGCAGCACGUCAAGCUGGCCCGGCCGAGGCUCAAGCUGCCCUACGCGGACUACUGGUACGAUAUCCUGCAGUCCUGCUGGCGGCCGCCUGCGCAGCGCCCCUCGGCCUCUGAUCUCCAGCUGCAGCUCACCUACCUGCUCUCUGAGCGGCCCCCGCGGCCCCCGCCUCCGCCGCCCCCACCCCGGGACGGCCCCUUCCCCUGGCCCUGGCCCCCGCAGCACAGCGCGCCCCGCCCGGGGACCCUCUCCUCGCCCUUCCCCCUCCUGGAUGGCUUCCCCGGGGCCGACCCCGACGACGUGCUCACGGUCACCGAGAGCAGCCGUGGCCUCAACCUUGAGUGCCUGUGGGAGAAGGCGCGGCGGGGGGCCGGCCGGGGCGGGGGGGCGCCCCCCUGGCAGCCGGCGUCCGCACCCCCGGCCCCCCAUGCCAACCCCUCCAACCCCUUCUACGAGGCGCUGUCCACGCCGAGCGUGCUGCCCGUCAUCAGCGCCCGCAGCCCCUCGGUGAGCAGCGAGUACUACAUCCGCCUCGAAGAGCACGGCUCCCCACCCGAGCCCCUCUUCCCCAACGACUGGGACCCCCUGGACCCAGGAGUGCCUCCCCCCCAGGCCCCCCAGGCCCCCUCCGAGGUCCCCCAGCUGGUGUCCGAGACCUGGGCCUCCCCCCUCUUCCCUGCGCCCCGGCCCUUCCCCGCCCAGUCCUCAGCGUCAGGCAGCUUCCUCCUGAGUGGCUGGGACCCCGAGGGCCGGGGCGCCGGGGAGACCCUGGCGGGAGACCCUGCCGAGGUGCUGGGGGAGCGGGGGGCCGCCCCCUGGGCCGAAGAGGAAGAGGAGGAGGAGGAGGGCAGCUCCCCCGGGGAGACCAGCAGCAGCCUUGGGGGUGGCCCCAGCCGCCGGGGGCCCCUGCCCUGUCCUCUGUGCAGCCGCGAGGGGGCCUGCUCCUGCCUGCCCCUCGAGCGGGGGGACGCCGUCGCCGGCUGGGGGGGCCACCCUGCUCUCGGCUGCCCUCAUGCCCCCGAGGACGACUCCUCCCUGCGGGCAGAGCGGGGCUCCCUGGCCGACCUGCCCCUGGCCCCCCCCACCUCGGCCCCCCCCGAGUUUCUGGACCCCCUCAUGGGGGCGGCGGCGCCCCAGUACCCCGGGCGGGGGCCCCCCCCCCCCCCCCCCCCCCCGCCGCCACCUCCCCGGGCCCCCUCGGACCCGGCCGUGUCCCCCGACCCCCCCUCGGCCGUGGCCAGUCCCGGCUCAGGCCUGUCGUCGCCGGGCCCCAAGCCGGGGGACAGCGGCUACGAGACCGAGACCCCUUUUUCCCCCGAGGGAGCCUUCCCAGGCGGGGGGGCGGCCGAGGAGGAAGGGGUCCCUCGACCGCGGGCUCCCCCCGAGCCCCCCGACCCGGGAGCGCCCCGGCCACCCCCAGACCCGGGUCCCCCGGGGACCCGAGAGAAGCCGACCUUCGUAGUUCAAGUGAGCACCGAGCAGCUGCUGAUGUCCCUGCGGGAGGACGUGACAAGGAACCUCCUGGGCGAGAAGGGGGGACACCCCCGCGAGACGGGGCCCAGGAAGGCAGGGAGAGGCCCCGGGAACAGAGAGAAAGCCCCGGGCCUGAGCAGGGACCCUGCAGUCCUGGGCAGCGGGAAGAAAGCCCCAAGGCCGAACGAGGACCUGAGCGUCCCUGCGAACGGGGUGACAGCGUUGGAGAACGGGGGACAGAGAGCCCCGGGCCUCGAGGAGACGGUGGCGGAGAAUGGGGGCCCGGGGUCCCCAGAGAGAGAAGAGAAAGUGCUGGCGAAUGGGGAGCUGACACCCCCAAGGAGGGAGGAGAAAGUGCUGGCGAAUGGGGAGCUGAGGUCCCCCGAGAGAGAAGAGAAAGUGCUGGCGAAUGGGGGGCUGACACCCCCAAAGAUCGAGGAGAAGGUAUCAGAGAAUGGGGGCCUGAAACUCCCCAGGAACAUGGAGAGGCUGCCAGAGACUGGGCCUCGGAAAGCCCCAGGGCCCUGGGAGAAGAUGCCCGAGAGUGGGGGUCCAGCCCCCACGAUCGGGGGACCGGCCCCAGAGACCUCGCAGGAGAGAGCCCCCGCGCCCGGCGCCGCGGCCUGGCCCCGGAGCGGCGGGGAGACAGCCCCUGGCCCCACUGGCCCAGCCCCCAGGAGCGGGGUGCUGGAACCCGGGACCGAGAGGAGAGCCCCCGAGACUGGGGGGGCACCGAGAGCCCCCGGGGCUGGGAGGCUGGACCUCGGGAGUGGGGGCCGAGCCCCAGCGGGCACGGGGAUGGCCCCCGGCGGCGGCCUCGGAAGCGGCGUGGACGCAAAGGCCGGAUGGGCAGACAGCACGAGGCCCCAGCCGCCGUCGGUGGAAGCCCAGCCGAGGAGGCCGGAGCCGGCGCCCCAGAGAGCCAGGCCGGAGGCGGCCCCCGCGGGAGAGCCCGGGGCCCCCGACAGCAGGGCCGGCGGAGACACGGCCCCCAGCGGCGACGCGGACCCCCCCAAGCCCGAGAGGAAGGGCCCCGAGAUGCCACGGCUGUUCUUGGACUUGGGACCCCCUCAGGGGAACAGCGAGCAGAUCAAAGCCAAGCUCUCUCGGCUCUCGCUGGCGCUGCCGCCGCUCACGCUCACGCCGUUCCCGGGGCCGGGCCCGCGGCGGCCCCCGUGGGAGGGCGCGGACGCCGGGGCGGCUGGCGGGGAGGCCGGCGGGGCGGGGGCGCCGGGGCCGGCGGAGGAGGACGGGGAGGACGAGGACGAGGACGAGGAGGAGGACGAGGCGGCGGCGGGCGCGGCGGCGGGGCCGCGGGGCCCCGGGAGGGCGCGGGCAGCCCCGGUGCCCGUCGUGGUGAGCAGCGCCGACGCGGACGCGGCCCGCCCGCUGCGGGGGCUGCUCAAGUCUCCGCGCGGGGCCGACGAGCCCGAGGACAGCGAGCUGGAGAGGAAGCGCAAGAUGGUCUCCUUCCACGGGGACGUGACCGUCUACCUCUUCGACCAGGAGACGCCAACCAACGAACUGAGCGUCCAGGGCCCCCCCGAGGGGGACACGGACCCGUCAACGCCCCCAGCGCCCCCGACGCCUCCCCACCCCGCCACCCCCGGAGAUGGGUUUCCCAGCAACGACAGCGGCUUUGGAGGCAGUUUCGAGUGGGCGGAGGAUUUCCCCCUCCUCCCCCCGCCCGGCCCCCCCCUGUGCUUCUCCCGCUUCUCCGUCUCGCCUGCGCUGGAGACCCCGGGGCCCCCCGCCCGGGCCCCCGACGCGCGGCCCGCAGGCCCCGUGGAGAACUGACUCCCCGAAGACCUGACCCCCCUGCACCCCCAGAAGAGGAGUUGAGAGUAGAAUCCUCUGUGGACGAUGGAGCCACUGCCGCCACCACAGACGCCGCCUCCGGGGAGGCCCCUGAGGCUGGGCCCUCCCCCUCCCCCACCAUGUGCCAAACGGGAGGCCCUGGCCCCCCACCCCCCAGCCCCCCGGAAGGCUCCCCUGAGCCCCUCGACCCCCUCGGUGCCAAAUGAGGCAGGAAGCCCCUCGCCCCUCCCUGGAGAGCCGCCUUUCUUGGACGUGAACUGAACUCCUUCGGGCCUGGAGCCCCUCGGCACAGCGGAGGCCCCUCCUCCCUCCCUCCCGGCCCCAGACACGGGCUGCAGGCUUCGGGGACCUGGACC